AAAAUCACACGGCCUGGCUUUAACUUUUUUCACUCUUCUUCUUCUUCUACUCUGUGCAAUUCGAUCACAAAAUAAAAUUAUAUUCAAAUCAUAUCAACAGCAGCAGAAAAAAAUGUUGCUUCAAUUCUCAAUUCAACGAGUGAGAAAUUUGAGGGUUUCAUUAAGACCGCAGAUUUUCGCUUUGAGAAGCUCAGAUUUUUCUACUACCGCUACUGCUCCAGCUUCUGGUACAAGCCACAGUAAAUCACUGAGGGUUCCAAAUCUUAUUGGAGGAAAAUUUGUUGAUUCGCAAUCAUCUUCGGCGAUUGAUGUGAUAAACCCCGCAACACAAGAAGUUGUAUCUCAGGUUCCUCUGACUACAAAUGAAGAGUUUAAAGCUGCUGUUUCUGCAGCAAAGAAGGCUUUUCCAUCUUGGCGUAAUACACCCGUUACGACCCGUCAACGUGUUAUGCUUAAGCUUCAAGAACUUAUUCGUAGAGACACGGAUAAGCUUGCAUUGAAUAUUACUACUGAACAAGGGAAGACUUUGAAGGAUGCUCAGGGUGAUGUGUUCCGUGGGCUUGAGGUUGUGGAACAUGCUUGUGGUAUGGGAACUCUGCAAAUGGGUGAAUACGUCCCUAAUGUGUCAAAUGGAAUUGAUACUUACAGCAUUAGAGAGCCGCUAGGUGUGUGUGCUGGGAUUUGCCCCUUCAACUUUCCGGCAAUGAUUCCCUUAUGGAUGUUUCCUGUUGCUGUAACAUGUGGAAAUACCUUUGUCUUAAAGCCAUCAGAGAAAGAUCCAGGCGCUUCUAUAAUGCUUGCAGAGCUAGCAAUGGAAGCUGGUCUUCCUGAUGGUGUCUUAAAUAUAGUUCAUGGCACCAAUGAUGUUGUUAAUGCUAUUUGUGAUGAUGACGAUAUCAGAGCUAUAUCUUUUGUUGGUUCAAAUACUGCUGGCAUGCACAUAUAUGGAAGAGCAUCCGCUAAAGGAAAACGUGUUCAGUCCAACAUGGGAGCCAAGAAUCAUGGAAUUGUCCUGCCUGAUGCGAACAUGGAUGCUACUUUGAAUGCUCUUACUGCUGCUGGUUUUGGUGCUGCUGGACAACGGUGCAUGGCUCUGAGCACAGUAGUUUUUGUGGGAGACUCAGAGGCAUGGUUAAAUAAACUGGUGGAACGUGCAAAAGCUUUGAAAGUAAAUGCCGGAACAGAGCCCGACGCAGAUCUGGGUCCAGUGAUUAGCAAAGAAGCUAAGGAACGAAUACAGAGAUUAAUUCAAAGUGGUGUGGAUAGUGGUGCCAGGCUACUGCUUGAUGGAAGAAAUAUAGUGGUUCCGGGAUAUGAGCAGGGCAAUUUUGUCGGUCCUACCAUCUUGUCAGGUGUCACAGCUGAUAUGGAGUGCUACAAGGAGGAAAUCUUUGGACCAGUUCUUCUAUGCAUGCAGGCCGAUAGCUUUGAAGAAGCCAUCAAUAUUGUCAACAAUAACAAAUAUGGUAAUGGAGCUGCCUUAUUUACUACAUCUGGUGCUGCUGCUAGGAAAUUCCAGUCUGAGAUAGAGGCUGGCCAGCUCGGCAUCAAUGUUCCUAUACCAGUUCCACUGCCAUUUUUUUCAUUCACAGGUUCUAAGGCAUCUUUUGCAGGCGAUCUUAAUUUCUACGGCAAGGCUGGAGUUAACUUUUACACCCAGAUCAAAACAAUAACUCAACAAUGGAAGGAUUUACCAGCCGGUACCGGAGUUUCUCUGGCAAUGCCAACAUCACAGAAGAUAUAGUCUGUAAUCAUUUAUACCUUGACCGUGAUCCUUCAAUAAAUCAAUGGGUUUCUUCUGCUUCUACUUGUCUUGCUGUAAAGUUUUCUUUUUAAAGAAUAUCCAAUACAACCUAUGUGUCACGUCAUUUUAAAAUCUCUCUCAAAUUUUAAAAUAUGUGGGUCCUGCAUUAAAUA